GAAUUUGUCAGUCAUCGUUGUGGCGUUGUCGCCAGUCGUUUCAAGGGUCGUUCUCGACUGUCGUAUCUUACGUUUGAACGAUCGAACGAUAACCGUCAAUUACGUCAAUCAACUUGCGGGACCCUCGGUGAGUUUCACGCAAGUUGGUAAUCGUUCGGCGAUUCGAUUCUCGAGUGCUCGAGGUGGACAAGUCGCCGCGAGUGGUAGUCGUCGGUUGUCGUCGUUCGGGUACGCGUUGUCGCGCGAAGCCGAUCCUUACCAGUGUGUUUUCGCCGCGCUUGCAAGCAAGGACAAAAGAGCGAUACGUGCGAGAUUCUUUCGCCAAGACGCGCCUUAUUUAGCAAAGCUCUCUCUAAUAAGCGUCUGUCUGUCCGUUCGCGUUCAGCGGGAAAACAUGACGACGGAGGAGAAGUUCAACGCCGCCGUCAACGUGAUCAGGAACCUGCCGAAAAAUGGAGCGUACCAACCCAGCCACGAGAUUAUGCUGCGUUUUUACUCGUACUACAAGCAGGCGAUCGAGGGACCUUGUCAGCAGACGAAACCCGCAUUUUGGGAGGUGGUGAAGAAAGCAAAAUGGGACGCUUGGACGCGUCUCGGUAACAUGAGUCGCACAGAGGCCAUGAAUAAUUACGUGGAGGAAUUGAAAAAAAUCGUCGAAACCAUGUCUUACACAGACAACGUGGCGACUUUUCUCGGCAGUUUGGACUCAUUUUACGAGAGCGUGCCGACCGAGGAUUUGGAAUUACUCGUAGGACCAGUGUUGGAGCGUAUGCGUUCCCAACCAGGAUCACCGUUAUCUGGUUCACCACUAGCGUCCAGAGAAACAUCACCCCAUAGAGUUUGCAAUGCUUCGCGACACAUAACAAGCAGUUUGGAAACUAGCCCGACCAGCAGUCGCACCGCGAGCCCGUUACCACAAGACACUGAUGGUGAAGAAGAGGAAUUUAUAGAUACCGUCGAGUCUGCGCCGGAGAGAUCGCAGAAAGAUGCAUUAAAAUCUCCCACUUGUCCUCAAAAGGUGCAAACCACGGCAAAUAACGGAAUUGAUAAUUCGAAUACAGAGAACGUAGUAAAGGAGAACACUGAAUUAACUAAUGGAUAUACUAACGCUAACGGUCACGCGGUAGACGUGACAUCGGACAGUAAACGAGAGAGAGGUAGACAGAGAACAAAGAAAGACGACAAGUUCAAUGCAGAGUUCCUCAAUCAAAUCGCUACGACCGUACAGCAUCUGCAGAGAGAUCUGGACAGAGUGACGACCAGAGUGCGAAGUUUGGAAGGGCAAGCUUUACAAGCGUUGGCGCCGCAAAGUGAGUACACCGCUAAACGCGCAUAUCCGAGUUGGUGGCCGUUUCACGAAUGCUCGCCGCGAUUAUUCGCCAUACUAAUACUAUGGCCGUUCCUCGCUCAUCUGCUGAUCAAUGCCACACAACGCUACCGCCAACGAAGACUGUGAUCCUACGGUUACUAUUCUCACGCAGCUGAGAAACUGAUAUUGAUUAAUCGGGUUAUUGAUUUUCGGUUGAAUACGUACAGAGAUCUAUCUUAUUCUACGUCUCUCGCAGGGCAAUUCGCUAUCCGCAUGAUACAAUCUGCGAUUACGUCCGUAAACGUAAAUUGUGAUAAUAUCUAUGUGCAACCAGGCCGAUCUCUGUAUAUUUUUGCAUGUGAGCCUGUUUAAGAGGUCACGCACUUUCUCCCGACUGCAGAUUGUCUGCCGAACGAUCGAUCCACAGCGAAAGUUUGAGUACCGUUUUAAUCUGCAAUCACGCUAGGUCGACCGUAAAAUUCUACAAACGUGAGCUGGUUACGAUGAGUUGACUCUUCAAUGUUUUCCUUCUUAUUUCUUUCAAGUGACUAGCUUUGAACGAUUAAACUUUGUUUUUUAAUGAUCAGCAGUUUUAUAAAGCUUAAAAAUUUGUCAACCAAUCGCAUGAUUCUUGUAUCUCGGAAAAAGUGUACGACCUGGAGUAGAUUAUGUAAAUAAAAAAAAUUAUACAAUGGUAUAGUUCAAUGGUUUUUAAGGUGGAAUUGUAUUGUAUAAAUAGUUGUAUAUUCUUAAACUGUAAUAUAAAUACAAAGGGAACGCAAAUUUUUAUGUACACAUAAAUGUACAUGACAGUUAUUGUUAUACAUAUUCUACGUGUAAUGCGGGUUUUUAAGAAACAGGGAUUUUAAUGUGUAUAUGCAUCGGCAUUACAUUAACGGGAUCAUAACGUAAUUAACGUGCGAAACUUUUACAUUCAAUGCAAUUAAAGUUUCUACCUAGCGGAAAAUAGCAUCGGACUUCAUGUAUAUAAGUGAGAUAUAAAAAUACACAAAUUUGUAAUUGUUA